AAGCUGAACAGCACACACUCCUCCUUACUUCCCACCUCAGAGCAGCUGCAUGACUUCCUGAGGCUUCUAUUGCAGUAGCUAGAGAUAAACACUCAUUUAUGCAUAUAACCUGCAAGUCUCCAGUUUCUAUUCUUUCUCCCUUUCUGUUCCCUCCCUUCUCCCACUUUGCACCAGGAAAGCUAAACACUGGCGUGGUUUAAGCAGUUUGAGGACUAAUCAGAAAGAGGAAGAAGAAUCGGUAUAUACUGGCUAGCAAACGUGCCAUGCCCUGACCUCUCUCCUCUUGAAAAGCAGCUUUCCUAAAGAGCAGACGCCCUGUGAAUGGAGUGGACCAUCCAGAGGACCCAGAUUUAUUCUGCAGCUCACUAUCCAGGGCUAGCUCUCCAGGGGACUUACAGUUUGGAUUUUCUGAAGAUUUGGCUCUUGCUUCAGGGAGCAAACUCGACAGGACCUUAAACUGUGAAGCUUGGAAUCAGCAGCUUGGGCGUACUCUGACGGUCCAACGUAAGAACAGUGGCCCCAAUACGAAGGAAACGUUGUGAAGGUACUGCAGUGCCAUAAAGAGGCACCAGGCAAACAUUCCUGGAUAACAUGGAUGGAGCUGAAAACCUGACAGUAUCUUCUGCCAGUAAUAACACAUGCCAUGGCACGAUCGAUGAGUUCCGCAAUCAAGUGUACUCCACAAUGUACUCUAUGAUCUCUGUUGUGGGUUUCUUUGGCAAUAGCUUUGUGCUCUAUGUCCUCAUAAAAACGUAUCAUGAGAAAUCAGCCUUCCAAGUAUACAUGAUUAAUCUAGCCAUAGCAGAUCUACUGUGUGUAUGUACAUUGCCUCUCCGUGUGGUCUAUUAUGUUCACAAAGGCAAGUGGCUCUUUGGUGAUUUUUUGUGCCGCCUCAGCACCUAUGCCUUGUAUGUUAACCUCUAUUGUAGCAUCUUAUUUAUGACAGCCAUGAGCUUUUUCCGGUGUGUUGCAAUUGUUUUUCCAGUCCAGAACAUUAAUUUGGUUACACAGAAAAAGGCCAGGUUUGUGUGUAUUGGAAUUUGGAUUUUUGUGAUUUUGAUUAGUUCUCCAUUUUUAAUGGUUAAAUCGUACCAAGAUGAGAGGAACAAUACUAAAUGCUUUGAGCCUCCACAGGACAAUCAAGCUAAAAAAUCUGUUUUGGUCUUGCACUAUGUGUCAUUAUUCCUUGGCUUCAUCAUCCCUUUUAUCAUCAUAAUUGUCUGUUACACAAUGAUCAUUCUGACCUUACUAAAAAAUUCAAUGAAGAAAAACCUGCCAAGUCGUAGAAAGGCUAUAGGAAUGAUCAUAGUUGUGACAGCUGCCUUUUUAAUUAGCUUCAUGCCGUAUCAUAUUCAACGAACUAUCCACCUUCACUUUUUAAACAGUGAAACUAGACCCUGUGAUUCUGUUCUGAGGAUGCAGAAGUCAGUGGUCAUAACCUUAUCUCUAGCUGCAUCGAAUUGCUGCUUUGACCCUCUCCUAUAUUUCUUUUCAGGCGGAAACUUUAGGAGAAGACUAUCUACAUUUAGAAAGCAUUCUUUGUCCAGUAUGACUUACAUACCCAAGAAGAAAGCUUCCUUGCCAGAGAAAGGAGAAGAAAUAUGUAAAGAAUAAUUCAAACCCAUCUCAAGUGCAGAACAACAAAAAUAAUUUCCCUAACAAGUAUUUUUCUAAAUCACAAUUUUAAAAGUUUUCCAUUAUAACUUAUAAAUUAUUAAAUAUAUCUCAUUUAUAAAUCCUAUCAUUUGAUAUUCUAAUUGUUCAAAAUUCAGUUUAUCACUGUGAACUAACCCAUAGAUUUUUUUUUUACUAUUCCCCAGAAGGUGGAAAAUAUUUGUGGUUCUGAACUAUAAAACUGAAUAUGAAAUCAAGAUUUUUCCUCUUCAAAUAAAAGGGGUUACAAAGGAUAUGAACUAGAAUUUUGAGUCUAGCUUUCAAAUAUAGCUUUAAAAUUAGCAAAUAGUCAUUAGUCAUCCUAACAUAUCCCUUUACAUGCAUGCCAUCCGAUGAGACCUGGAGAUGACCCAGAAGCUACAGAAUUGUACGGUCAGUCUAUUCCUUUGUAGCACUGACUAGUGAGGCAAAGUAGAGCCCUAUCUUCCAGAAGAGAAUGUUCAAGUGCUAGGACAGACCAGUAUUCAGCUAAAUAGGUCUAUAGGCCGCCUGCAGUUUACAAUCUGGAAACUAAAGAAGAUAAGUAUGAUCAAAAGCCAGCUUGUCUCCAAUCCUCUUCUACCCUUGCUUGACUCAAGCCCCCAAUGUUUUUCUUGCUCAUUGAGGUUCCUAUUAGGAAUUCAAUCCCAACCCAAUAUAGUCCUUCCUCAAUGAGUUAGACAACUGGCUUUCCCAUAUAUGAGCAAAAACAAUUAAAAUUCAUCUGAAAGAAGGCUACCUUUCUACAUGAGUUUUAUUGUAAUCAAAAUUUACUAUAUAAGAUACCAGAAGAAAAAUUUGAAUAUCAGUCAUUCUCUUAAGAAGUGCAUUUAUGUAUAUGUAUAUAAAUACAUGUAAUCUAUCUUGUUCUAUGAUACGCAUUUAUAGCUAGUUAAUUAUUAGAUUUAUUGCUGUUUUAUACUUUCUGCUUUUUUAUUAGCACGUUGAAAGUAAUAUCACUUAUUUGCAGUAAUUUUUAUAUUAUAGCGGAAGCUUUGUUCUUAAAACAAACCAUUGGAAACAGCUUGAUUGUGACUAAAAUAUGAUAUUCAUUGGCAAAGUUUUGCUGAAGUUCAUUCUUUUCAUUCUGAGUUUCAAAAGUCACAUUACCUCAGAAGAAAUAAAUGAUAAUAGAGGUGGAAAAAAGGAAAACCGUGAAUGGAGUUCUGUCUGCAUCUGCCACAUGUGAGCUAUUUCUAUUUCACUUCUACUGCUGUGCCCCUUGGGGAAAUAAAAACAAUACAUAAUGAAGAGAGACCUCUAAGGAUUAGAGAUAACUAGAACUCAUUGAUUUCUGUUGAACACAUCUAAAAACUGGCCAUACCCAAAUUGUUUCCUCUUGCUUGAGACAAAUAUCGAAUAUAUUUGUCAUAAGACAUCAGGUCUCAUUUUCUACAUUUCUGCUUUGCAGCAAUAUGCAUAGUGUGGUAGAAGGGUACAACACUGGAAGCCAGGACACCUGCAUGCUAAGCUGGUCUCUAUUAAUAGUUAUGUAACCUUAAGCAAAUCCUAUACACACAGAACUCCAACUUCCUCAGCUGUAGAAUGAGAAUGAUACUUGUUUUGCCUUUGUUGUGGGCCUUUGCAGAAUUCAAAUACAGUUAGAUACGCUAAAAUUUUACCCUAAAAUAUAUAGUAAGAUAUCAUUUUAAAGUAUUUAUAAGAGGCUGUUAAAUGUGCUGAUUCAUAUUUAUUGUAUCAAUUCUCAAUUUUGAAAGAAUUAGAACAAAAUAUGGCUACAGUUAAAUUCUAUUGCAUAUCAAUAAUCAUGUUGCUUAUUCAUUCCUACA